GUGACGUCAUCACGACAGGAAGUGCGGAUGGGAGAAGACGGGAGUCUGAGCUGGUGGUAGGCUCCCUGUCUGCACCACUGCGUUCGUUAUGAUGAUACUACAGACUAACAGAGACAUUAUCGUCCUGCUGCUUCAUACAUAUACACUGUGACUGUAGGGGAACGCCAGCUAUGAUGUGACGCCGAAGACUGUGACCUGCUAGGCUAGCUGUUAGCUUGGUCGGCCCCGUGUUAUCCUCCCGGAGCUCCCCCAGAGCGAAGCUCAGGUGAUCCGCCGCAGACCUGCCCGGAGAUGAUGUGACGAUUACGAGGAGGACGAGGCCUUAAUGUCAGCUCAACGGCUAGGUGUUCCUGCGUCUAACACAGACAUGGCGUCCCAGCUCCAGGUUUUUUCUUCCCCGUCCGUGUCCUCUAGCGGCUACUCUCGCUCCAAGAGGCUCAAAGUGGAGAACCCUGCCUGGGAUGUGUCCAACCAGCUGGGAGAUAAUGGUUACUACCAGCAGAGCCCCAGCCAGGCAGCUGCACCCACCACCUCCGGCUCCAACUUUAACCCAGUGUACAACAGCAACCAGGUUCAUCCGCUGACAGCGGGCUCCCGGGAGCAGACGGUGGUGCGGGCAGCGGACAGCACAGGCAGCCUACAUGGACCACCGUCCUCGGCCUCUUCCACCUCCUCCACCCGACGUGUCAAAGAUGCCGAGUCCACAUCGCAGCCCUGCGACCUCUACCAAAAGCAGUACAGCCUGAAACGGAAAAGCGAGGAGGUUGACAGCAGCGAUAGCGUCCAGAUCCUGGAGGAGCUCUCCGCCCCCGUGGUCUCCAACCGUACUGCUGGAGGAGGCGGGACCACAGCUCAGUCCAUAGCACAUUCCACCUCCACUACCAAGAGCAGCAACUCCCACAGUGAGGGCGACUACCAGCUGGUGCAGCACGAGAUCCUGUGCUCCAUGUCCAACAGCUACGAGGUGCUGGAGUUUCUGGGUCGCGGUACCUUUGGUCAGGUGGCAAAAUGCUGGAAGCGAGGCACAAAUGAGAUAGUGGCCAUCAAGAUCCUGAAGAAUCAUCCAUCCUACGCUCGACAAGGGCAAAUAGAAGUCAGCAUCCUCAGCAGGCUGAGCACAGAGAACGCAGACGAGUUCAACUUCGUCCGCUCGUACGAGUGCUUUCAGCACAAGAACCACACGUGCCUUGUGUUUGAGAUGCUGGAGCAGAAUCUCUACGACUUCCUGAAGCACAGCAAGUUCAGCCCGCUGAUGCUCAAGUGCAUCCGACCGAUCCUGCAGCAGGUCGCCACGGCGCUGAUGAAGCUGAAGAGUCUCGGACUAAUCCACGCCGACCUGAAGCCAGAGAACAUCAUGCUGGUCGAUCCCCUGAGGCAGCCGUACAGAGUGAAGGUCAUCGAUUUUGGCUCUGCCAGUCAUGUGUCCAAAGCUGUGUGCUCCACCUAUCUGCAGUCACGGUACUACAGAGCUCCAGAGAUAAUUCUGGGCCUUCCUUUCUGUGAGGCCAUCGACAUGUGGUCUCUGGGAUGUGUCAUCGCUGAGCUGUUUUUGGGAUGGCCUCUGUAUCCUGGUGCUUCAGAGUAUGAUCAGAUUCGUUACAUCUCUCAGACCCAGGGUCUUCCAGCAGAGUACCUGCUCAGUGCAGGAACAAAGACCUGCCGCUUUUUCAACAGAGGCCCCGACUCCAGCUACCCACUGUGGAGACUGAAGACUCCUGCAGAGCAUGAGGCAGAGAUGGGAAUCAAGUCGAAGGAAGCACGGAAAUAUAUUUUCAACUGUCUGGAUGACAUGAUGCAGGUGAACAUGACUAACCUGGAGGGAACAGACAUUUUGGCAGAGAAGGCUGACCGGCGUGAGUUCAUCGACCUGUUGAAGAAGAUGCUGACUCUUGACGCCGACAAACGCAUCACUCCCAUGAAGACCCUGAACCACCCUUUUGUCACCAUGACCCACCUGCUGCACUUCCCUCACAGCUCACAUGUAAAGUCCUGCUUCCAGAAUAUGGACAUCUGCAAACGCAGAUGCAGCGCUUUCGAAAAUGGAAAGAAUCUGUUUGCCAACAACAAUACUCCGAGUGCAGCCGCCAACCUUACCGUCACCUUCAGUAGCCAGUUAAACCAGCACAAUCAGAUGUCUUCGACCGGAGGCCAGUCCCUGUCCCUCAGCAGUAAUGUCCCUCUGCUGAACUACCAGCCCAGCCUCUACCAACAGGCCACCAUAAACAUCCCCGGCCUGACCCAGCAGGGUGUUCCUCUGCAGACUCGACCCACUCAGCUCUGUGCCCAGACUGAACCCUUCCAGCAGACACUCAUAGUGUGUCCUCCCACCAUCCAGGGUCUCCAGUCAUCCAACAAACCCUCGGCUUAUCAAGUGAGGAUGGACAACUCUGUGCCCUUAGUCCCUCAGAACCAGUCGUCCCAGUCUCUUCACAUCCAGCCUGGCAUGUUGGCUCAGCAGGGCUGGCCGGCAGGUACACAACAGAUCCUCAUCCCCUCCACUUGGCAGCAGAUGCCAGGGAUGACCAUCCACAACCCUGGGCAGACCGUAGUGCCCGACUCACCUGUGGGAGCAUCUGAGAGUCAACAGGCGUCUGGCUGGAGGGGUCGCCAUGGCAGCCAGUACGACGGUGUCGGCCAGCAGGACUCAGGUGUUGGCCGUCAUGCUGCGUCCCAGAAUCACAACUCAGGGGGCGCUCACACGAGAGGCCAACAGGAAAAGAGGUCCAAGCCUCGACAUGGAGAGAACAGAGCCAGACCGGUGUCGUCAGUCACAUCAGUUGUGCACAACACGUCUUCUUUCGCUGGUGACCAGUCUCAGCCCAUCGUCAUCUCUGACACGCCCAGUCCUGCCGUCAGCAUCAUCACCAUCCACAGUGACUCCGAGGAUGAGGACGAGAGGAAAUUCCCUGCCUCGUGCUCUGGCACAGGUCAGAGGACCAAUGUGAUCAGCUGUGUCACCGUCCAUGACUCUCAUGACUCGGACUCGUCCACCAGCAGCCCCCUCAGCCCAAAGACCACCUCACAGCCAGCUAAGGCUCUGGCUGUUAUUCUGCCGUCUGUGAAGAGUCAGCCUGGAGAAAGCACAAACCAAAAAGCUCCAGCAGAUCAAGCUAAAAAUGGAAAGUCCAAGAAAGGUUCCAGUCGAGCAGGAGAGUCUGGGACUGAGCGCCAUCAGCAGGCCGUGGCCGGCAGAUCUCAGCCUCUGAACCUGAGCCAGGUGCAGCAGCCUGUGAUGUCAUCCACCAAUGAGCAGCCAGGAACCAUCAGCUCCCUGAGGCGACAGCCUACUUACCCCCCGACCGUCUCCUCCACAUCAUCCUACCGACCCCACGAGAACCCUCUUUUCACCUCCACCCCCAACCUGUAUGUCUACCCGGCCUCUGCCGCUCUGGCCUCCGUGUCUCAAGCCGUAGACCAAAUGCACGGUGGCCCGUCACGCCACAGCAGAGCGAGUGGGGCCUACUCCUCACUGGCACUGCUGCAAAAGAACAGCAGCUUAGCCCUGGGAGGGUCAGCUCCCGGUCAGUAUACCAACCAUCUCCACCCUCAGCAGCAGCUGCAGCAGCAGCAGCCGCAGCAGCAGUUAGCUGAGCAGCCUUUCCAUCAUUCCACUGCUGCUUAUCAAAGAAAACUUAACCAGUACCCCUACCUGUAACCACUGACACUGAGGCUGUGCAUGAAAACCAAAUGGAGACCAACACUAGAGGGCAGCCCAAGCUCAACCACUUGCUGCUGCGUCACUACUUCGUUUCAGCUCAACUUUUAACUUUAUGUUGCUGCUGUUUUUAAAGCUUUCUGUAACAAGCUCACAAAAUAGUACAGAAUAAUUUAGAUUUUAAUCAUUGGCUGAACCAUAUUGGUUGGUCGAUAUAAUUGGACAUCCCUAAUUAAAAUAUAGCAGCAGGGACACGGUAGUAUUUAUGUUCCUGAUAUUUACAAUUUAUAAUCUGCAGUUUAAAUUCAUCUGCGUGACUUUUUGGCCUAAUUUUAUUUUGUGUUUUUUUAUAGACGUGUUUAUGGACAAUGGUAUUGUUGUUAAGUUGACAUUAGUGUAUGUGUUGCCCUCUUGUGGCCGUAAAUGAUAUGGCGGGACGUAGGAACAGUCGAAGUACUAAAAAGAAGCACGACUAAAUGUCUGCAAAAUAUAGUAUAUAUUUACUGUAGCUGUGUCAGAAAGCCAACGGGGCGGUUUGUUAAUGUAAUUACUUUGAAUUUAGUUGAAAUUUUUAAUGAGGGCGAUUUUGACGUGUUUUGACAUAAAGGUAAAUAACUGAAACAGUAGUUUUUCUAGUUGCCUGUUUCUUUUGCCAGAUCGGGAAACACUGCUCCACCUUCAUUGCAGCGAAGACGUUGAUUGCCCCAAUGUCAGAAUGCCAGAGGACAUCGAAAGCGAUAUGUAAAUACACGUGCCAACGAACGCAACAGUCUGGUAAGAUUUUAAAAUAUUAAGAAGAAACUUGACUUGGUUUAAUGCUGCUUUUUAACUACCAGUGUUUUUUUUUUUAAUGAUUAUAUAAUCAUUUACACUCGUGUAUGCCUUCGAGUCGCCUUCCAUCUUUAAGCUAACUUAUUUUAAAUAUUCGGAGUUCUGACGAUGUGUUUGUGGCGUGUACGUUGCUAAAAAGAAACAAUGUGAUUUAUGUGUUGUACUGUAUACAGGUGUGUUCAGUGGUUUUCAUGUCGAUUCUAUUUUAGUACUGACCAUUGGUUAUAUAUUUAUAUGGUUAUGGCGUUGAAGGGUGCAGUGUCCAGUCAGAGACCCUUUUAGUUCAGUUGCAGUUGAGGUUGCAUGAGUCUGACGUAGAGCCAGAGACACGGCUGCUCCCCAGGGAAACCGGGAAAAUGUCAAAGCUCUCGUCUUGUGAAGUGAUGUCCGUGAAGUGGGAAAAAAAAUCCAAAUCUGAUUAGUUGUAAUCGUGUUACAGUACAUUCAUUUAGGUGACACAGUCAUGCAUUCAGAAACUCAAAUCUGAAUUUGUAAAAUGCUAAUUAUAGCCCGAAAACACUGAUUUGUUCAAGUAAUGGUUCUGUUGUGAAAUGUAUGACAUAAACACACCGACCUUAACUGGUAUAGAGGCAAUAAAAUUGUGUCAAAACAGAAACGGCUUGUUGAAGACUGACUGAAUGUCGUGAUUUAAAGGCAUUGCUGAAUAUUAGUAUUUGGUUUUGUUAUGCUUGUUAUACUUAUUUAUUCUUGUUAUACUAAUUUAAUUUAAUGGACAUAGCUAAGUAUUUCAAGGCAAAUUAGUGUAUUUUUAGUCAUUUUUGAGAAAGUUUUCUUUUCGGAGAUUUGUUCAGGAUCUUAUUGGUCUAGUAUUUUAACUGUGAUCAAACGUUGGCGUAC